CUUGCUGUUCCUGCGCCACCGCGACGCCACGCCCACGCCCGCGGCGAGACACGAACCGAACCUCUCCACCACUCCUCCCACCGGAGCGCCGCCGCGGUUCGCAGGAAUGGCAAGUGGUAGCGAAGCAGAGAAGUCGCCUGAGGUUGUGCUGGAGUGGCCUAAGAAGGACAAGAAGAGGCUUCUUCAUGCUGUUUACCGAGUUGGAGAUUUGGAUCGCACCAUUAAGUGUUACACAGAAUGCUUUGGGAUGAAGUUGCUGAGGAAAAGAGAUGUUCCUGAUGAGAAAUAUACGAAUGCAUUUCUUGGGUUUGGACCUGAGGACACCAACUUUGCACUUGAAUUGACAUACAAUUAUGGUGUUGACAAGUAUGAAAUCGGAGCGGGAUUUGGGCAUUUCGCUAUUGCAACUGAGGAUGUGUACAAAUUGGCUGAGAAAGUUAAAUCCAGUUGUUGCUGCAAGAUCACUCGUGAACCUGGUCCUGUAAAGGGAGGAUCCACUGUUAUUGCCUUUGCACAGGAUCCGGAUGGCUACAUGUUUGAGCUUAUCCAGAGGGGUCCGACGCCUGAGCCUCUUUGCCAAGUUAUGCUUCGUGUGGGUGACCUUGAUCGCUCUAUCAAGUUCUAUGAGAAGGCCCUUGGUAUGAAGCUGCUGAGGAAGAAGGAUGUACCUGACUAUAAGUAUACCAUCGCCAUGUUGGGCUAUGAUGAUGAGGAUAAGACAACUGUUAUUGAGUUGACAUACAACUAUGGUGUCACAGAAUAUAGCAAGGGCAAUGCAUAUGCUCAGGUUGCUAUUGGCACUGAAGAUGUCUACAAGAGUGCUGAGGCUGUCGAGCUGGUUUCAAAGGAACUAGGGGGAAAGAUUUUGCGGCAACCAGGCCCACUACCAGGGAUCAACACAAAGAUUGCCUCUUUCCUUGACCCUGAUGGCUGGAAAGUGGUUUUGGUUGAUAACUCCGACUUUCUCAAGGAACUCCAGUGAAGAUGAGAUGGCCCAAAUGCUGUGCUAGGAGGCAAAGUGCAAACCUUAUGUAGUAGUGCCAGUGCAAUGUAAUAAAGAAGUGGUUUCCUCUCCAUGAACAAAAAUAAAUACUGGUACAGGUGUUGUGCGUAUGUUAGUAUUGCCUGGGUUUGGCUGUGCAUCCGCUAUGCGUUGCUACCUGUAGCAGCAUGAAAGUUGAGUGUUGUUUGUGACAAGGACCAGUUUCCAGUUGAGCUGUGUUUCCUUAUCUGUUCUGAUUGCCUCUGCCUGCUGGCUGCAGUUUUUUCUUGCA